AUGUCAUAUAACGCUAAUAGCAUUAGAAAGAAGUUGGUUAUUGUAGGUGACGGUGCAUGUGGUAAAACAUGUUUAUUAAUCGUUUUUUCCAAGGGGAAAUUUCCAGAAGUUUAUGUCCCAACGGUUUUUGAAAAUUAUGUAGCUGAUGUGGAAAUUGAUGGCAGAAGAGUAGAAUUAGCCUUGUGGGAUACUGCUGGCCAAGAAGAUUAUGAUAGAUUAAGACCAUUGUCAUACCCUGAUAGUGAUGUAGUUUUAAUUUGUUUUUCGAUAGAUUUACCGGAUUCCUUAGAAAAUGUCAUGGAAAAAUGGAUCUCUGAAGUUUUACAUUUCUGCAGAGGUGUUCCUAUCAUUUUGGUUGGUUGCAAAGUCGAUUUAAGAGACGAUGCUCAAACUUUAGAGAGCUUGAGAGCCAAUGGAUUACAGCCAGUAACUACAGCUGAAGCUCAAGAAGUUGCUGAUAAAAUUGGUGCUCAAGGAUAUGUAGAGUGUUCUGCUAAGACUGGGUUUGGUGUUAAAGAGGUGUUUGAAACUGCUACUAGAGCUGCUUUGGCCGGUAAAACUAAUACAGGCAAUGGCAAGAGCAAGAAAAACGGUCUAUCUCUAGGUAACGGUGAUAAGAAGAAGAAGAAGAAGAAGUGCACUAUUUUAUGA